AUGCCUUCGUUGAAUGAUGCCUACAGCCUUGGUGAGAGUCUGGAUGCUGCCACUGCUCAACAACUCGAGGACCUGCAUGUUGGCCUCGAACUCGCGGGUGAUGAAGUUACGGAUCUCGAUGGCGACAAGCGAGUCGAGAGGGUAAUGCGACAAGCUGCGAGUGACGUCGAGGUCUUCGGUCUCCAUCAUGAGCACAGCGGCAAUCUUCUCGACCAGACCGCGGCACACGACCUCCAUGGCCUCCGUCUCGCUGCGCGACGCCUUGAGCGCGGCAUUGAGCGACACGGCGCCGUUGGCACCAGCCUCGGCGGCGGCAAGCUCCUCAGCUGCCAGGCGGAGGGCUUUGAACUUGGCGUCUGGCGUCCAGAAGGGCUGGAUGGUGGGCGUGAUGCGCAUACCCGUGAUGACGUGGUGGUUGCAGACGGACGUCUUACCCGAGAUAGAGGCGCCGAUGAGGGCGAGCACCUCGGCCUCGCAGAUACUGUCGGAGCCCAAGUUCUUGGCGACCUCGGCGGCACGCUCAGCGCUGCCAUCGGCCAGGUAACCGGCGUCGGAGACAGCGGUAAGAUCGAGGGAGGUAGCGGGCAGACCCAGGGCGAUGCGGUGCUGGACGAAGGCGUUGAGGAAGCAGUUGGCAGCGGCGUAGGCGGCUUGGCCACGGUUGCCGACGGCUCCGGCGGCGGAGGAGAUGGCGAUGAAGAAGUCAAGCUCGGUCUGACGCUCUUGGAGAGCGUGAUGGAAGUUCCAGGCACCCUGAACCUUGGACUCGGUGACGGAGAUGUAGUCAUUGAACUUCAUCUGCUCAAAGAGGACGUCCUGCGGCAGGCCCUUGAGACCAGUGUUGAACAGCUGCUCAACGCUGGCCUUAUCGGCGACGUUGCAGGAGCGGACGGUGACGUGAGCACCCUCCUCAGCGGCCUCGUCAAUGAGGACCUUGACCUUGCCAGUGGCGGAACCGCUACGGGACAGGAGUACCAAGUUUCUGGCGCCGUGCUCGAUCAUCCAUCUGGACAUGCUGCGACCAAGACCACCAGUACCACCGAUGAGGAGGUAAGUGGCGUCGGCCUUGAGAAGAGCCUUCGCAGCCUUGGAAGGCGUUGCCAUAACAACAUCCUCAGCAUGGGGGACGACGACAAGCUUGCCGGGGCCCUGAGUGGUCUGAAGCGUCUUGAAGGCCGUCUCCAUGCAGGACACGGGGAAGAUGGUGGCAGGGUCAAUGGGGCGGAGCUGGUCGUCAGCCAAGAGUUUGGAGACGUCAGUGACCAGUCUCUCCAUGAUCUUGGGCCUCUCGGCGGCGAGGCCAAAGAUAUCGACGCUCAAGAACGAAGCGUUGUUAUCAGACUGGCCCAUGUCGAGGCGGGUGGCGCGAGAGCCAUCCUUCCUACGAACAUCGACGAGGCAGCCGAAGCGGCUGAGACAAGCCCAGCUCUCCCUCAGAGCGUCAGCGCCCGGCAGAGUGUUGAGGACAACGUCAACACCCUCAUCGUUGGUGGCGCGCCUCACAGCAGCUCUCCAGGUGGUGUUGCGGCUGUAGAAGAUGUGGUCCUCGGGGACGUUGUAGUGCUGCAUCAGGAGCUUCUUCUUGGCGGCGGUGCUGACGGUGACAAAGAUCUCGGCACCAAUCAUCUUGGCGAGACAGACAGAAGCCUGGCCAAUGCCACCACCAGCGGAGUGGACCAGGAUGCGCUGACCCUCACGGAGGCGUGCCUGCUCGAUCAAGCUGUAGUAGGCGGUGCAGUAGGCCAGAGGAAGAGUGGAGGCGUCCUCGAAAGACAUCUUGGAUGGCAUGGGCAUGACGUUGGCGGAGGUGGUGCGAGUGCGCGUGGCAUAGGCGCCGUGCUUGAUGGUGAGGGCGGCAAUGCGAUCGCCAGCCUUGUGAGCCUUGACAGCGGAGCCGACUCUGGUGACAACACCAGAAGCCUCGACACCAAGGGCGUGCUUGUCGGCGUCGGGGAUCUGGCCCUUAGCAAGCAUGACAUCGCGAAGAUUCAUGCCAACAGCCUUGACCUCGAACUCGACCUCAUCGUCUCCGAGAGGCUGGGUAGCAGAGACAUCAUCAACGAAGUGCACCGUCUCGAUGGCACCGGGAGUAGAGAACUCCAUCUUGAGGUAUCGGUUGUCCUUGCCAAAGGGCUGGAGCUCGACAACGCUGGGGUUGGUCUCGCGGUGGACGAACUCGUUCAUCUCCUCGUCGUGAACAAUGCGGGGGGUGAAGAACCGGCCGGAACGCUCCAUGAACUCAAGCUCGCUUGUGGACGAGGCAUUGGCGCCGAAAGCAAGCUUAAAGAUCUCGAAGAUAACGGCAGAAGAGUCAUCCUCGUCCAGCUGGUUGUUGUCGUCAAGAUCGAGAGUCGCGAAGGGCAGAACGGUCUCGGAGCGGACGGUUCUGCUAAGACCGAUGAUCAUGUUGGACUCGGGCGAGGUGGCCUUAUCGUAGGCACCACGGACAACCCACAGGCAGCCCUGGACGCCAGCAAGCAUGUUGCGGACCUCGGCGAACUGCUCCUUGGUAGGGUUGGCAAGGAAGGGCUGCUCGAUCUCAGUGAGGACGAUGGUCAGCUUGCCCUCGGUGUUGACCUCGUGCAUGCCACCCAUCUCGGGAAGUCUGGAGGUAGCACUGGCCAGGGCAAUGGCGAGACCGUUGGCCAAAGUCUGCUGGAAGUUGGAGUCGCCGUGGAUGAUGGCGACAUCAACGUCAGGCAGAGGAGCGUCAACCUUGACUCCGAGAGCGCCGUUGAUCUUGGUCUUGGCCUUGCCAGAGAGCGACUUCAAGUUGCCAAUGUCCUCCCACUCGAGCUUGUAGCAGAGCUCGCGAGCGGGGUUGCUGGCCAACUCAGUCUCACCAUCAAUGAUGGGGGAAACGGUGAGCUCAUCAAUCUCAAUGACGAGGUCAUUUUUCUCGGAAGUGGCGAACACAGAGACCUUGGUAGAGCGGGCCUCGGCCGGGAAGUCAGCCUUGCAGUAAGCCUUGAGAGUGCUGCCAGGCGUCUUGGUGAGGGCGGUGAUCUCGCGGGCGAUGGACAUCCUGCCGAUGGAGGAGGGCAGGUAGACGGUGUUGAUGUCGGUGCGGCCGGCGCCAAGGAUGGGCCAGUACAUCUCGAUGACGGACUCCAGGAAAGUCGGGUGGAGCACAGUGCUGGUCUGGUAAUGGUUGGGCAUGUCGGCGGCGACGUCAAAGGCUGCGAUGUUACCCAUCGCGUACUUGCUGGAAGCCUUACAGUCCUUGAUGCCCUGGAAAGACGGUCCGUAUCCGACACCGAGCUCAGUAAGGCGCUCGUAGAUGUCGGCCUCAGCGACAGCAACAGCCUCAGGACCCUCGCUGGCCUUGAUGGUAGCCUCAGCGCCACGAAGAGCGGCCAGCUUCUGCUCCUUGCCGUCGACCUCGUUGGUCUCGGUGGUGUGUAG